UUAUACUUGGUUGUGAACAGUCGUCGUGCGCUUGCGCAGACUACAGUGACGUACGACGCACGAGUUACGAACAUUGUAAACAAACAGCAGAGAGCGUAAUUGCGCGAAAUUUUAUCGCGUAACUUAGUAUUUUUAUUUAUUUUCCGCCUACGAUUAGAUUUUACUUGUGAUAACUAAGUGGAGUAAACAGUGUUAAAAAUGGAUUUGUCCUGUGGAGAGAAUAUUGAGAACUCCGGCAAUCAGGACCCGUGCAGCAGCCGGACAGUGGACAUGUGCAUCGCCGGCCCCGAUCGAGCAUUAGACAGCGAUCCACGAGUCAUACUAAAUUUAUUAACUUUGGAGAGGACCCACGCUUUACAUACAGACUAUUUCCAGAAUGUUCAAAUUGAUAUUCAACCAUUUAUGCGGAAAGUCGUCACUACUUGGAUGUUAGAGGUGUGCGAAGAGCAACAAUGUGAGGAGCAGGUGUUUCCUCUUGCUGUGAGCUACAUGGACCGGUUCCUCGCUCAACGCGCCAUCUCGCGGCAACAGUUGCAACUGCUGGCCGUCACUGCAAUGCUUCUCGCCUCAAAAUUCCGGCAGUGCCAUCCGCUGUCUGUCGACCUUUUGUGUGCCUACACAGACAAUUCUGUAUAUCCACAAGAAGUCAGGCAAUGGGAAGUGAUGCUUUUACAACGGUUGAACUGGCAACUCUCGAUUGCUACUGCAUUCGACUUUGUGGAGCCAUACCUUGCGAGAGUGCCUUGGGGAAGAAGCAAUCCACUUGUACGCACCCAUGCACUCACACUCACCUCCGUCUGUUAUACUGAAACGGAAUUCCUGUUAGUGCCACCAUCACUAAUCGCCGUUGCCUGUAUAGCAGCAGCGGCUCGAGGGUUGCGUGUGCGCAUGUCUAUCAACGAUUUGUGCGCGCUGACACGAACACCGGCAGCGGCAGCUGAGCUUAUUGCUCGCCACGUUGAACGCGUGUUGGCUAGAGAGACUCAGCCUCAAGAACCUAGAACUAGACAUAUGCAGUCACACAAACAAACCGCGUCAGAACAAACACAACUACCUGACACACCCACAGAUGUUCAAGAUGUACACUUUUGAUCUAAGUCUAAGAAGAUAACUUAACAUUUAAUGUUUUAUAAUACUACUAGUUUCUCUCGCCUUGAGAGACAUAACUAAUAAAAAUAAUAUUUGCCCAGUCUUAUAAAAUAUUACAAAUGCAUAAGAAUUUAAUUUAACAAUAGAUUUUUUGUCGCACACCUGGGCAGAUAAGAAAGAUUCAGAGCAAACAAAAAACAAUAUUUAUCUAUUAUAAUGCAGUCGCAUUCAGCAUUUUGUAAUAAAUAUAAAAGUAACGUAGAACAAAUUGUCCAUUGAUCUCAAAUUUUAUUAAUGUAAAAUAUUGCUUUAGACUUAAUGUAAUUUAAUAAGAUUCGUUAACAAUGUAAUAUAGUUUGAAUAUGUUCCAGUUAUUACUUUAUAUAUAAUGAUCUCCAGUAAAUCCAAAAGUUAUUAUAAGACUGAAAUUUAUAGACGAAGAUAGUUACUCUCUUUUGAAUACGACGUGACAAGCACAAUUAAUUUUAUCUUUAUGUAUUUAAUGACCAGUUCUAAAGCCACGUCAGAUUAAAAAUAUCAUAAGACUUGUAGAUAAUUAAAUUACAAUGUAUUAUAUAAGUUUUGUUAUUAUUUUUGUUUCCGUAAUCAUAUAUUAAAUAGAUAUUUAGUUCAUUU